GAAAAGAAAAAAAGUCACGUGACGCGCGCGAGAAUUGUCGCUGAAGUGAACGCGCAUCGCAAGUGCACCUACACACAGAGACACUUCUGUUGUGAGAGCAGGAGUAAUGGACCAAAUUAACAACCGAACGGUCAUUGUUAAUGAGGCAUCUCCUUACUGAGAUCUACGAAGCACAAGAACUUCUUCAUGUGCAUUUCAACUUUGUUUUCCUCCUGAUCUCGAGAUAUUUCGAGGAAGGCAGAAAAAUCCUCAGACUUUAGAAUAAGACGUUGCCCUGGCGACAGCUCAUCCUUAUCACGACUCUCACAAAUAUGCACCUCUGUGAUACAGUGGGAGGUUGAUGAUCUCCAAGGAUAUUGUUCUGAAGAUUUCUGCUUCUUGUGACUCUUUCAGAUGCCCCGAGGAACCUACCAGUAUUUGACACUCUGAUCUGAGGGGGUCGAGGAAAUGGGGAUUUUACAUUUUCUGGUGUUUGUGCUGCUCGGAGACAGAUUGGGUCCUACACGUUCGGACAUUUUAGCGAAGGCCCAGGCCAGCGAGCGACGUGUCUUGGCACACAUUCCCGGUGACAUCAUUAUCGGGGCUCUUUUCUCUGUCCAUCAUCAGCCACCAGCCGAUAAGGUUCACGAACGCAAGUGCGGUGCUGUACGUGAGCAGUAUGGCAUUCAGCGGGUGGAGGCCAUGAUGCACACCUUGGACCGCAUCAACGCGGACCCGCACAUCCUACCCAACGUCACACUGGGCUGCGAGAUCAGAGACUCCUGCUGGCAUUCAGCUGUGGCGCUGGAGCAGAGCAUCGAGUUCAUCCGUGACACUCUAGUCUCAGCCGAGGAGGAAGAAGGCAUGUCUAAGUGUUCAACUGAAGAUGGAGUGACUCCCAUGAAAGGGAAGAAGCCCAUUGUGGGGCUGAUCGGGCCCGGAUCCAGUUCUGUGGCCAUCCAGGUUCAGAACCUCCUUCAGCUCUUCAACAUUCCCCAGAUUGCAUAUUCGGCAACCAGUAUGGAUCUCAGCGAUAAGUCUUUGUACAAGUACUUUAUGAGGGUGGUGCCCUCUGACGCCCAGCAGGCCAGAGCGAUGGUGGACAUCGUCAAAAGAUACAACUGGACCUACGUAUCUGCCAUUCACACUGAAGGGAACUACGGUGAGAGUGGAAUGGAGGCUUUCAAAGACAUGGCAGCGAAGGAGGGCAUCUGUAUCGCUCACUCUGACAAGAUCUACAGCAAUGCUGGAGAACAGAGUUUUGACCGUCUUCUCGAUAAGCUCAGGAGCCACCUGCCCAAAGCUCGAGUGGUGGCGUGCUUCUGCGAGGGCAUGACCGUACGUGGCAUCCUCAUGGCCAUGAGACGGCGCCGCCUAGUUGGAGAGUUUCUGUUGGUUGGCAGCGAUGGUUGGGCAGACCGCUAUGAUGUCACUGACGGCUUCCAGAGGGAGGCAGCGGGGGGAAUUACUAUCAAGCUGCAGUCUGCUUACGUCACGUGGUUUGAUGAUUACUAUCUGAACCUGCAGCCGGAUACGAACCUCCGGGAUCCCUGGUUCCCUGAGUUCUGGCAGCACCGCUUCCAGUGCCGGCUGAAGGGGUAUCCUCAAGAGAGCACCAAAUACAACAAGACCUGCACCAAGAAAGAGUCGCUCCGACACCAGUAUGCUCAGGACACGAAGAUGGGCUUUGUGAUCAAUGCCAUCUACUCAAUGGCUUACGGACUGCACGCCAUGCAGAAGUCUCUGUGUCCCGGUUACGCCGGUCUGUGUGAAGCCAUGCGGCCGAUUGAUGGAGGUAAACUCUUAGAAUUCCUCAUGAGGACAAACUUCACUGGUGUCUCGGGAGAACUGGUGCUGUUUGAUGAGAAUGGAGACUCCCCGGGGAGGUAUGAAAUCAUGAACUUCAAACAGAUGAGUGAGGAGGACUAUAGCUACAUCCACGUGGGCAGCUGGGACAACAGGGGGCUGAAGAUGGAUGACGAGGAGAUUUGGGCCAACAGCAGUGCCAUCAUCAGAUCAGUGUGCAGUGAUCCUUGUGAAAAAGCUCAGAUAAAGGUUAUCCGUAAGGGUGAGGUGAGCUGCUGCUGGACCUGCACUCCAUGUAAAGAAAACGAGUUUGUGUUUGAUGAAUACACCUGUCGUAUGUGCGAGCUUGGAUUCUGGCCUACAGAUGACCUCACAGGCUGUGAGCCAAUCCCGGUGCAGUUCCUUCUGUGGGGAGAUCCUGAGCCGAUCGCCGCUGUGGUCUUCGCUUGCCUCGGCCUGCUCGCCACCAUCUUCGUCACUUUAGUCUUCAUCAGGUUCCACGACACACCAGUGGUGAAGUCCUCCAGCAGAGAGCUGUGCUUCAUCAUCCUGGCUGGCAUCUGUUUGGGGUACCUGUGUACGUUCUGCCUCAUCGCCAAACCGCAUGUGGCCUACUGUUACUUGCAGAGGUUAGGAAUAGGGCUCUCGCCUGCCAUGAGCUACUCAGCUCUGGUCACCAAAACCAAUCGCAUUGCUCGCAUCCUUGCGGGCAGCAAGAAGAAGAUCUGCACCAAGAAGCCUCGUUUCAUGAGCGCCUGCGCCCAGCUGGUCAUCGCCUUCAUCCUGAUUUUGAUUCAGCUGGGCAUCAUCGUAGCGCUUUUCAUCAUGGAACCUCCGCAAGUGAUCUACGACUAUCCGUCCAUACGCGAGGUGCACCUCAUCUGUAACACUACCACGCUCGGAGUGGUGGCACCGUUGGGCUACAAUGGGCUGCUCAUCCUCAGCUGCACCUUUUAUGCCUUUAAGACCCGCAACGUCCCCGCCAAUUUCAAUGAGGCCAAAUAUAUCGCGUUCACCAUGUACACCACCUGCAUUAUCUGGCUGGCUUUCGUGCCAAUUUAUUUCGGUUCAAACUACAAGAUAAUCACCAUGUGUUUUUCUGUUAGUCUCAGUGCCACCACUGCGCUGUGCUGCAUGUUUGUGCCCAAAGUCUACAUCAUGUUGGCCAAGCCUGAGAGGAACGUACGCAGUGCUUUCACCACGUCGACGGUUGUUAGGAUGCACGUGGGUGACGGGAAAGCUGCAUCAGCCGCUAGCCGGUCUAGCAGCUUGGCUAACCUGUUCAGACGACGAUGCUCUGGCACAGACACAGUCAGUUCCAACGGCAAAACAGUAACCUGGGCACAGAAUGAGAGAAGUUACAGACCAAACCUGUGGAAGCGGAUCUCAAUCCACAUUAAGAAAAAGGAAGAGGCCAACCAGACUGCCAUUAUUAAGCCCUUCUCAAAGGGCUGUGAUCAUCCGCCGGACACAGGGGUGAAGCUGGCAUACGACGGGUCUCAGAAAAACCAGCGCUACCCUGUAACCUACUGCCCCCAGAACCCUUCGCCACUGCCAACCGUGUGCCAGCGGCCUUCAAUGCAGAGGCGUGAAAUGGAAGAGCGUGAUGUUGAGCGCACAUCAGUAGUGGCUAUACCCUCCUACCUGACGGAGCGCUUACAGCACGGCAACCCACCCCAGACCUCCAUCAUGGAUCAGAUCAGCUGUGUGGUUAGUCGAUUCACGGCCAACAUCAGUGAGCUCAACAGUAUGAUGCUGCCUGGUUCACCGCCAGGAGCAGGUGUAAACGUCGCUGCCGCCGCCGCCCCCGCCCCGGUCCCCAGACCCUGCUCUCCUACUUUCCAUCUCCACCCGCAAGAAAGGCCGCAUCCAAGCACUGUCACCACCUACGCUGACGUGGUGGCCACAGUGAACACCAACCCUCGCUCUGCGGUCGGUAUCGCCGGGGGCAUCAUCGCCGGUGGGAGUAGCAGGGCUUCACCCGCCAGUCUUUUCGAAUGCACCUACGACUCUUCGUGUGCAGUCAGGAACACUGAUUUCGAGGACCUGGGUGUCUUGACACCACCUUCGCCGUUUAGAGACUCCUUUGUGGACUCGAUCAGCGAAUCUCCCACAUCGCCAGCUUCAGAGCUGCCAUUGUGUGAACCCUGCUCUCCAAUAUACGACCAGCUGGUGCUUCGGCACUACAGCCAGAGCUCCUCUUCACUCUGAGAGAUUAUUUGGAGCACAGGAACGAAACAGAGAGGCAGCUACUGAGAUCGUGCAUUUGUUUGAUUGCAAAACCCAGCUGUAAAUGUCAAGGAGUGUAAACUCUUAAUAUAGAAGCACUCUCUGAAGACAUUUUAUGGUGCUUGGAAUCCAGCCCGUCCUCAAAAUCCCAAUCUGCGCAGGGGAAGGCACUUCACCAAACUGCUUUUCAGAUCAUUAAGGAUGUACUUGAUAUGCUUUCGGCACUAGAGCGCUCUGACAAGUUUAUGGUCCUUCUUGGCAAGAAGUUACUGAUGUUGGUCAGUUGGUGUUCUGCAAGUUUUCCUGGAUUUAAAGCCACUAAUAACAUUCCAACGACGUCAGUCUACACGGGUGUGAAAAACUACAAGACUAACGCUCCAGGAUGUCAUUUUUAUCUCUCUUGUUGCCUGUCAGAAUGUCUUGCACGGUUCUUCACAUACAACAGAAGUGCAAACGGUUGAAUGUAGGACCAAAUUAAGCCCUUGAGUUGAAAGUAGUUUGUUUAAAUAUUGGUCAUUUUUGUUAUUUUCCUAGUUUAGAGGUUGCAUGUUCUGCCACUUCAUAUAACUUAAUAUUAAAUAAUAUUUAUUAUUAUAUUUUUCAUAAUAGAUCGAAUACAAGGGAUGUGAAAGCAGGUUUAUUUAGAUAUUGAACAAAUCUAACACUUUAAUAUAGACAAUAUGACUUUCAGAUGACUGGGUAUAUUAAUAUAUUUGAACAUGUCCCAGUAUUACUUGAAAUAUUUUAUAAUAAAUCACUUUCAUUUGAAAAAUGUUGAGAAAAUUAUACAAUCUAGUAGGUUUCACUAAUUGGGUUCAGUAAGAUUUUUUUUAAAAGAAAUUAAUACUUUUAUUCAGCAACGAUGCAUUAAACUGACCAAAAGUGUCAGUAAAGACUAUAACAUUGUUUUUUAAUUAAAUAAAUGCAGCCUUGUUAAGUAUAAGAGACUUAUUUUAAAACAUUUAAAGUGCCCCUAUUAUGCCAUUUUUACGAUUCCUAAUAUUGUUUUGGGAGUCUCCUACAAUAGGAUUACAUGCAUGCAAGGUCAAAAAACACUUUCAUUUUCUCAAAAUAUGCAUUUAAUAUCACCUCAUUUUCCAGCGAUUCUCAAAGAUUCAGUCUGUCUAAACCCCUCCUUUCCUGAGCCUGCUCUGCUCUGAUUGGUCAGAUGGCCUAGUUUGUUGUGAUUGGUCUACGGCAUACAGCAGUGUCAGAAACGAUAUGCCUAUUUCAAUAGUUCUAUAUUUUGAAUGCUCUAUAGAAAAUAAAAAAAAACACCUGUUAUUAAUAAUAAGGGUUGUGAAUCAGUGGAGCAGCUGAUCCAAAUAAACAGGAUACUGAUCAAUUUUUCAACAGCAAGAGUUUUUUGAAUCCCGCAUUGAACUCUCCAAAAUUAAAGAAGCAGUUGUCAGUAGAAUGACGUGUUUGUGGGCGGGGUCAAGUUUUUCUUGGCAGGCCAACAUAGAGCAUAGGUGUGCAUUAUGCAAAUGUGUUACCCCGUGAUGUGUAGCUGUCAAGGAAGUGGGAUUUGAAUUACUAACGACUCGUUUCAGUUGUACUAUUGGGAUAAUAACUUUAUUUAUCGUGCACUUUCAGCUUUAUUUUGCAGAUUGUUUACAUUCACAUACAGCUACAUACAUACUGCAUGAAAAGCAACAUUGGAAAUGGCAUAACAGGGGCACUUAAAAAAAAAAAAAAACUUACUGACCCCAAACAUUUGAACAGUGAUGUAAGUUAACAGGUUAUACACAAAGCAAUAAUGCAGGGUCUAUUUAAAAAAAUAUAAUUAUUCCAUUUGCAAAUAAUUUCCUUUUUAAUUCACUUAGGCUUUUGUUCCAAAUCCAUACAUAGAUAAUAUGAUCCAAAAACAAAAUUCCCAUUGUUAUUACACUGUGGACAUGAUUCUUACACACAGGGCAUUACAAUUGUCACUGACAAAGCCUAUAAACUACAUGAAAGUCUGCAAUUAAAGAUAGGAUUUUUUAUUUAAGUUGAACUGUUUAGACUUAGUAGGAAAGCACAUUGUACCUACCAACAGACAUCUAUUCUUUUAAUCAAUGUGCAAUAUUCUUGAAUAGAUGUAAUGUACUAAAGUCACAUGUUUGCAUGCAAAGCAGUGCCAUUAGCUAAAAUAAGUGCUUAAUGUUCUUUUGAGAACUUUUGUACAUUUUCUAAAAGUCUUUAGCAUUUUUUGCUCUUUGCCUUUUCUGAUAAGACAUUCGUAGAAUGUAGAUUUCAGCCUUGUGUGUGUGAUGUAUUUUUCUACUAACUUUUUGUGCUGGUUCAAUAUGAUGGUCAUAGUGGAUUAAGCUUUGUGACAGUGGGAGGAAUGUAGCUUGCAAUAUUUCUGUUACUUCGAGGUUUUAUUUAUGAUGUGGAUAAGCCUUUUUUAUUUCUCUUCAAAGCGUGUAAAAAUAUUGGUUUUCCCUAAGUGUUAUUAAAGGGGGUUCAAUCACAA